AUGGGUUCAAAGAAGAAGAAGGAAAAACAAAAAGACUUUAAGAAAGCUAAAUUGAAAGUUGGUAAAACUGCUGCCAAACCUGAUAAUUAUACUGAUACUUCUUUUAAAUCAAAAACUAUAUCAUUACCAAAUCAAUCAAUAACUAUAAAUUCAAAUAGUUUACAACAUGAAUUAUCAUUAUUAAAACAUCAUUCUUCAAAUACUAGAAAAGAAAUAUUAAUACAGUUGGAAUCUCAUUUACCUUCUAAUUCAAGUCAAUAUAAAUUAAUAAUAAGUUCUAUUUUACCUUUAAUUAUAGAUGAUUCAAGAAUGGUUAGAUUACAAUUGGUAUCAUUAUUUAAAAAGAUUGCAAUUAAACAACCAGGAUUAUUUGAUUUACAUUUAAGAUCAAUUAUAUUAUUUAUUGUUUCUGCAAUGACUCAUAUUCAACCAAAUGUGAGAAACACGGUAAGUUUAUUCCUUGAGAUAUUGAUCGAUUAUUCAAAUAUAAAAAGUUAUUAUAAUAAAAUACUCAAGAACUAUUUUAUAUUGAUGGGGUGGAAUUUAAAUGAGGAUAAGAAAUCAAUAAGUCUUGCAAUAAAUAAUAAUGGAUCAUUGAAUGAUGAAAAUUCAAAGAAAGCAAGAAUCGAGCAUGUAAGAAUAUUAAACAAGUUUCUACAAAAGACAAUGUUUGAAGAGAAAAUAGAUAACGGAAUUAAAAUUGAUGUUGCUAUACAUCCUCAAAGUUAUAAAUAUUUAUUACCUCAUAAUGUCCCACAACCUUAUUCUCCAUUAAAGUUAUUUGUUAAUGAAAUACAAGAAAAUGGUACUGGUGUUGUUGGUGGUAGUGCUUUGUCAAUAACGGAUUUGGAUUCUAUUUCAACUGAAGAUUUAGGAACUAGAAUGAAAAUUAUGAAUGAUAUUUUCAAACCAACAUUAGUUAAAAAUCUUAAGGGGUUGUUGAAAGAAGGUGGUGAUAUUGGAAGAGAAGCAAAUAAUUGUUUGAAAAUAUUGGAAGCAUUACCGAAAGAGAAAUAA